GGCUCCCUGCGUGUGUCUAUAACUUUGUGUUGCCGCUGCUGGUUGUUAGGAGAAGGAAUGUGGAAGUCAGCAGAGUGGAGGGUGCCAGGCUGCUCGGGCAAGCUGCAGCUACUGUGACGGCUGUGGCUGUGACGGCGGCAGUACUUCUGCCUAGCCAGCCCUUCUUCGCUUUCUCCUUUCUCUUCGCCAAAAGAUCGCCGCCGUGUUUUGUGUGUCCCUUCUUCUGUCUAAAGUGAAAGGAGCUGGAGACGCCGAGCAGGAACCAUGCAGCAGCUCUGCCCAUUUGCUUCUGUGCACGUCGACCUGGGUUUCCUUCUUUUUUAAGUGAUAAUCAUUUUUAUGACCCGGAAAGCGGCCGCUUCUUGUUUCUUCCUGCCUUCGCCUGCGUGACCUAUCCCUCUGCCCUUUUCUUUUCUUUUUGGCCAAUGCUUUUUAAAUGACUUGAGUGAAAGGGGGGUGGGGGGGAACUGUCAAGAUGGCAGCAGCAGCAGCCGCCGCCGUAGCAGGAGCGAGGAGGUUAAGAAUGUGGUGUUGAUGCUGGAACAAAACCCAUCCUGUUGGCCGCCCUGCGGAAGACUUCGGGCUUCUGGACCUGUUGGAAGAUCGGCCAUUUGACUCGUUCGGGUUCCGAGCGUCUCUCUCGUUCUGGCCCCCGUUGGAAAAGAGGAUUUUAAAAAACAGAAAGCGGAGCCUGAGUUUCCUCUUGUUAAGAGACUUGCUUUUCUCUCCACCUUUUAAUACCCCCCCCCCCGCUUUUCUUCCUUCCUUCUGUUUUUGGCGAGGGUAUGCGUGAUUGGAUACAUCUUAAGGCAUCGGCUCCAGUUAAGGUGUUUUGAAGGAGGGCACAAAAAGUCGUCGGUGGGGGAAGAGACUCCUAAAAUAGAAGGAAAAGAAGCAGCCGCCAAAGCAAUAGCAAGAAGCGAGCUCGGUUUUUAUUUUUAGGCGGGGGCAGCGGGCAUGGAGUCUCUUUAAUGGAUACAGCGCGAUGCUAUUGGAGCAAUCCUGCACGGGGUGAAAUAUAAACAAACACGGCACGCCGUCGCGGAGAUCGCUUCCCAGUCUACUGCGCCCGAGCUUCUUCCUAAAUCGUCGGGAUCCCAAGGAAAAGCGCGCCUGGAAUCGGGGGACCACCCGCGGAUUGUUUAUCGAGCUCCUGAUUUUUUCUUUUUUUAGCGGGGAGGAGGAGAAGUGGCGGGGUGAAAAAAGAGGCGGCCGGACCUUAAUGGAGAGUGGCAUGUUUGCUCAGCCUCUCUGAGCUUUACGAGGAGGAGGUGGAGGAGGGACCCGGGUGCGGAUCGGGCUCCCCUCGCCUGACAUCUCCACGAGCAGCAGGUAGGAAGCGCGGCGUCCAGAGUGGGGGAGAGGCCAAAAUGGCAGAGGCGUCUCCCCCCGCCCCCUUGUCCCCCCUGGACGUGGAACUGGACCCCGAGUUCGAGCCCCAGAGCCGCCCUCGCUCCUGUACGUGGCCCCUGCAGAGGCCUGAGCUGCAGGCAAGUCCGGCCAAGCCCACAGGGGAAGCGGCCGCCGACGCCGCCUCCAUGAUCCCGGAGGAGGACGACGACGCUGAAGACGAGGAGCAAGGGGGCAGCUCGGCCAUGACCGUCGCUGUCCCUAGCGGCAGCGGCGACUCGCUGGCCCCGGAAGACACGGCCGGCCUGUUGGCUCCCCUCUCCGGGCUGCCCCCCGAGGGAUCCGGCCAGGGCGCCAGUGCGUUGGGCGCUGGGCAGCAGCAACAACAAGGCGCAGCGGCAGCAGCACCGAGGAAAUGCUCGUCCCGGCGCAACGCGUGGGGGAACCUGUCCUACGCGGAUCUCAUCACCCGCGCCAUCCAGAGCGCCCCGGAGAAGCGGCUCACCCUCUCCCAAAUCUACGAGUGGAUGGUGCGCUGCGUGCCCUACUUCAAGGAUAAGGGCGACAGCAACAGCUCGGCCGGCUGGAAGAACUCAAUCAGGCACAACUUAUCCCUUCAUAGCCGAUUCAUCAGGGUACAGAAUGAAGGAACUGGGAAAAGUUCAUGGUGGAUGAUCAAUCCAGAUGGUGGGAAAGGUGGAAAAGCACCACGGAGGCGUGCUGUUUCAAUGGACAACAGCAACAAGUACACCAAGAGUAGAGGACGAGCAGCUAAAAAAAAGGCAGCCCAAACUGCACAGGAAACUACUGAAGAUAGCCCCUCCCAACUCUCCAAGUGGCCGGGUAGUCCAACCUCACGCAGCAGUGAUGAGCAGGACACAUGGACAGAUUUCCGGUCGCGUACAAACUCAAACGCCAGUACAAUAAGUGGUCGCUUGUCACCAAUACUGGCAAGUACUGAGCUGGAUGAGGUUCAGGAUGACGAUGCUCCACUUUCCCCCAUGCUGUACAGUAGUCCGCCCAGCAUGUCCCCAUCAAUAAAUAAACCCUGUAAUGUUGAGUUGCCUAGGUUGACUGAUAUGGCAGGCACCAUGAACUUGAAUGAUGGACUGACAGAUAACCUUAUGGAUGACCUUCUGGACAAUAUAACUCUCCCCUCUUCCCAGCAGUCACCUACAGGAGGACUCAUGCAAAGAAGCUCAAGUUUUCCAUAUGGUACCAAAGGUUCAGGUCUUGGUUCUCCAUCAAGUAGUUUCAACAAUGCUGUGUUUGGGCCAUCAUCUCUGAAUUCCCUCCGUCAGUCUCCCAUGCAAACCAUCCAAGAGAACAAACAAGCUACAUUUUCUUCCAUUUCUCAUUACAAUAACCAAACGCUGCAGGAUCUGUUGGCAUCGGAUUCGCUUAGCCACAGUGAUGUCAUGAUGACUCAGUCCGAUCCACUUAUGUCCCAAGCUAGCACAGCUGUCUCCGCCCAAAAUGUACGCAGGAGUAUCAUGCUCCGGAAUGACCCAAUGAUGUCAUUUGCUGCUCAGCCGAGUCAGGGCAGUUUGGUCAAUCAGAACCUGCUCCACCACCAGCAUCAAUCUCAGAAUUCCUCUCUUAGUGGCAGUCGUGCCUUGUCAAAUUCCGUCAGUACUAUGGGCUUAAAUGACACAAAUAACAUUGGGUCGGCCAAACACCAGCAGCAGUCUCCUGUCAACCAGUCUAUGCAAUCACUUUCUGACUCACUCUCAGGCUCUUCUUUGUAUUCCAACAGUGUGAGCCUUCCAGUCAUGGGGCAUGAUAAAUUCCCCAGUGAUUUGGACCUGGAUAUGUUCAAUGGGAGCUUGGAAUGCGACAUGGAGUCCAUUAUCCGCAGCGAACUCAUGGAUGCAGAUGGGUUGGAUUUUAACUUUGAUUCUCUCAUCUCAGCUCAGAAUGUUGUCACUCUGAAUGUGGGAAACUUCACUGGUGCUAAGCAAGCUUCUUCACAAAGUUGGGUUCCAGGCUGACGGAAUUAUGCAAAGAGGGGAAGUGGGCAAAGCAGGCCCUUAAACUGACACAAGACCUAACGAGAAAAAAAACCCUUUGCCAAAUCAACUGUCAGCAAGUGGACAGAGAUACCGUUUACAGCUUAUAACCUUUGCGAACCCUGCAUUAUUUUCCUAAUGAAAGAGAGACUGUUAACGAGCCCCAGAUCCUGAGUGAUGAACCACCUUUUCUGGAAUUGAACUCAUUCUGAAGUAUGCAAAAUCUUCCAAUUAUGGAAUGGUGAAGCACCGACUUGAGGAGGCCUUGGUUCUGCCACCAUCCUGUUUCAGAACACACUGUGUAGCCUUUACGAGGGUUUCUUUGUCAAUCCGUAUAUGGUGUUCCAGUAUGUUAAUGGGCUGCAGGAUGCUUUCGCCUGGCUCUUACUUUUCAGGGUUUUGCCCACCCCCACCCCUCUAAGGUGUGAGUCCCACCCCGUGAAAUGCUUUAAAUGUUCCUUUUUCAUUUUCACAUGCUGAUUCCUCAUGAAUAUGAAACACAGAAUAAUAUAUGCAUAACUAAAAGUAGAAUCCAUUUGGGGGGUGGAUAUGAACAUCGCUUGGCUAUCCCAGCCUUUAUAGCACCUACCGACUGAUUGGAUUCAAAAGGUGGUUUAGGAGGAAUUUUAAAGAUUUUGCGGUGGGGGUUGGUUGGUUAUGUUUCAAUCCCUUUAACUCCCACUUAAGACUUUUCUGAAAUGUCAGGGUACGCCUUUCUUUUAUUCUUGUCACCGAGGGUGGAUUUUACCUCACAGAAUUAGCCACCACCAGUGCUGCAUCCUCCGAACCAGUGUUUGAAAGGUGUGAGGGAGAAGGCCGUUUCAUAGUGUUUAGUGAGUCAGUAGCUGACUUGCUGUUAGUCAGAUCUGGUCACUUGCUGUCAGUCAUACUAGCCUAGUAUGUCCAGCCCAAACAGCUGCAGUGAUUUUUUGUCUGCCUGUACAACUGGCGAGCCUGAACAUGAGUACGUGAGCUGUACUGUUUACCACCUUGCCAAACAAUCUGACUAUAACCACCCAGAAGGCAACAGCUUGCUUUCAUAUUAAAAUAGUAAUAAUGAAACAAAAAUCUAAAAGGAAAAAAAAAGAUUAUGUUGCAUAAAAACAGAGUGUUGUGUAUAUGCAUCAUCCAGGACUUGGGUGAUUUAUUACAUUGGUAAUUAUUUUUUUACAUCCUCUCCCUGAUUAUUCUUUCCUUCUUGUGAAGUGUCAUUGAGACUGGGAGUUGAAGCUGAGGGAGGUCAAGAAGGAGAGACAGGGAGGGAAAACCAUACAGAUAGCUUUUCAUAGGAGCGUAGAGUGUAAUUGGAUAAAUUCCACUGAAAAACAAAGUAGUUUUUAUAUAUUUUGCUUAUAUGGGUUUCUUUUGUAAAUUUUAAUAGUAAUAAUUAAUGAAAGUGAUGGUGCUGUGCAGGUCCUCUAUGUUUGAUUAUUUUUUAUUGGUAUCUUUGGGGUGGGGGGCAAAGAGUGGAGAAGAGAACAGAGGAAAACCCAAUGGUACGUUUUAAAUUUUAAAAAAAAAUGGUGUGAAGACACUAUGCCUAGGACAAUGUAUACCUAUUUCUCCAAAGUGAUAUAUGAAGAACUUUUCUUGGCAUAAAGACAUAAUGCAUAUAAAUAUAUAAAUAUAUUUUAUUAUGUACAGAACCGGAUCAUUAUGCAUGACUGUUAGGAGAACAGACUAGCAUUUUAACCCAAAGUUUUGGUGCAUGAGUUUUCACUGGCACAUGAACCAUGUACAAUGUGGUGUGACUCCCUUCAGCCACCACACAUAAGUGCGCGUGCACACCUAGAUACACACAAGCACGUGUGCGCGCGCACACACACAUAUGUGGGCCCCAUAUUGCUCCUUCUUUUCCAGCCUUCCUAGGCAGAGGAUCUCAAACUUGGAUCCGCAGAUGUUUGGGGGCUACAACUCCCAUUGACUUCAAAAGGCCAUUGUGGCUUGGACUGAUGGGAAUUGAUGUCCAGCAUCUGGGAGCCCAGGUUAGAGAACCCCCUGCUCUGAGGUAAUAUCGGUGAUAUAACAGCUCCUUGUGUGAUGGAAGUUUUGUUUUGUACUGUAGCCUCCUUAUGAUUGUGCUGCGCUCUUCUAUAGAUGAACAUGUAAAUUCCAUCAUGCAGUUCAUAACCGAAUUAUGAAAACUCUGUGCUGUUGUGGUUCUGAGUAGAUCAUAGAAUAUAAACUUUCCAAACACUUAAGAUUUUUAUCAUUUUCAAAAAAAAAGAUACAGAAUAUUUUCUUAAAUAAUCAAGGUGGUGUAUUUGUCAAUGGCAGGGUCUACUUUAUCACACUUCAUUAAUCAGAAAUAACCAAUGUGUGUGUCUGUUCUGCACAUUGGAAAGGGCUUCCCCGAGAGGAAAAUGCUAUAAAAAUGUCAUCCAUUUCAUGGGCUUAAGGAAGAUGUCAAUUUAUUUAGAGAGAUUCAGUUACAAGUACCUAUUACCAAAGCUAGUUAAGAACCUUCUCACAUGCCUUCACUACAUAAGAGUAUCUGGUACAUUAUUAAAUGUGAAUUCAGCUGAUGACGAUGUUUUCUUUUUGUUGUUAUCUGGUAUAGCAAUGCAUUUAGUGACUGACAAUAUUUUAUUUGUACAUAUCUGUCUUUCAUCCCAAUAGGAAGUCUGUGCACUUACCAAAAAGAUCUGUGCACACAAAAAAUCUGGUACACAGCAAGCUUUAUGGUCUCCUCCUCUGACUUCUUUUGUUAAAUGUCCUUUAUCCACUUGAAGGGGUAAUGUUUCAGGGAGCCGAUCCAGAGGAAGAAGUAGAUUCUCCCUUUUGCAAGCUCUCAUUUUAGUCAGGCGAUUGAUUUUCAUAUGGAAACUAUGGGUGCAAUCCAGCCAAAGCUAAUUUUUUUUAAUCCCAUUGAUUUUCAUGGGAGACAGUUAAGUAGCUGCCAUAGAUGGCAAUAGGAUUUUACAGCUGCAUUUCUAUGCAUAGGCUAACCUGGUAGCAAACUCCUGCUGAAGACAGAGGGACUUCUGAGUGAACAUGUAUAGGAUUGGGCUGCAAUCCUAAGCACACCUACCAGAGAGUAGGCACUCUUUACAAGUAACCAGGAUGACAUGGUUGCCACUACUUUCACAGUUGCCCCCAUGUCAUUUCUGUAUAAAAGCUGACACUUAUUUGGUUGGGCUUCCUUGCAUAUUUGCAAAAUAUGCAGACAACAGACUCCUGAAAGGGGCAGGCAUCACUUUUGUGUUACAUCAGCAUGUAAGCAAGCCCAACCAGAUGGGCUGAAAUGUUUAUACAUUCCUGGGAGUGCUGUGGGUACAACCGUAUCAUCCUGGAGUACAUGUAAGAAAUAUAUUUGAACCAAAUGGGACUUCUGGAAAAACAGGCAGCCUCAUCACAAACUAGUUGAGCCAAGCUACUGAGGCUAAAGGUAAUUUGGUUCUGUUGACUUCAGUAGGAUACAUACGACGUAUAGAGCCACUAAUUAAUUGGAUUGCGAUGAACCUGCAUUUCUCUGAAAGGACUGUUUGUUUUAAAAUUCAGCCACUAGAGUAAUGGCUUACUAUAGUUGCAUUGGAAAAAGUCAGUCCACAUUUAUGCAUUUCACACUCUGAUCCUGUGCAUGCUUACUCAGAAGCAAAUCCUACUGAUAGCGUGCUGCAUUCUGUUCUCAGUUCUGGGAAUGUAAUCUGAAUUGAUGUGGAAUUUGAGGUGAAUCCAUAGAUGUCUAUCAGUUGCUCCAGUUUUGUUCCUCUGUAGCUUGUCCCCAAAGCCUCUUAACUACUAAGGUACUUGGAUUUGGCCCUCAACUGAGAAUCUGGUUAAGAAGCCAUGCUCUUCAGACAGAUUCCAGCAACUCUACUACAGCUGGAAUUACAUUCUGUGCUUUCUCUCUGUUGUCCUCUAACCUGGAAAAAAUGGCCAUGGAAUCGACAAUAGUUCUCAAACUUGCCUCCCUGAGUCUUUACCUACAAAUGUGGGAUUUCCAUGGGCCUAAAGAAGCUAUGUACUUGGUGAAAGCAAGUACCUGGAAAAUCCUCACUCAGAUAUUGUGCCAAAUAGUCACAUAUCUUUCUAAAUUCAAAUAGUUGUUUGAUCCUUUAGCAAUCUGUCUGCGUUCUUAAUGCAAACUUUAACCACUUUCUCUGAAAUAGUCCUGGGGUGCUUGCAUUGACUGCACAAAAGUGAUCUGAAUUUCCCAACCUGUAAACACUAGCCAGCACCCAAGGGCUGCAUUCUGAAGAUCACAGAGUACUCUAAUCCUAAAGAGCAUUUAAGCACGAACAAUCGCACUGAAGAAACUCACUAUUCAUGUGCUUAAAGUACUAGGGUACAUGAACAUGAUCAAUAUAUGUGAACAGCCUCAAUUGCUCUAAUGGGUCAAUGGGCAAUUUUACAGAUUUAUUGAAUUAUUUGUGGGAUUGUAUUUAUAUAUUAGAAUUAGGUAACUGGCUCUAGUCACCCCAAUUUUUGAAUUUAUGAGUUCAUUGAAAAUUGAAAUUAUGUCCAUUAAAUAAAAAUUUGGCACAGAUGCGCAGGCAAUUUCUUUAAAUAUCUAUGGAACACUUCAUAAUCCAUUUUUAGACCACUGAAUACUGCUUAUUAUUUUUUUCAUUCUGCUGAAAUAAUUUUUUUUAUAGUGGGUUACCAGGCUGUUGGAUCACUGUCUUCAAAAACUAAAAGUUAUUUAGUUUUGGAUCACUGUUAUUUAAAUGUUAUUUAGUAUUGGAUCACUGUUUUCAAAAACUAAAUGUUAUAACACUUAUCUCUUGGAAAUGACAUCCUUGCUUGGCAACCAACCUUCAUUCACUAUUUUCUAUAUAUGGUGUAUAUCAGAAAUACCAGCAGAUGUGAAAGGGGACCAGAUACUUUUACUUGCUUGGGGCAGGGGGGUGGGGAUGGGAUGGGGGAGGGGAAUGUAUUGUACAUUUUGGCUUCACGUGUGAAACUUUUUUUUAACCAAAAAAAGUUGCAUGAAUGGACAAAAUAUGUAUACAGUAUCUGUAAAACUGUCUUACCUGGGUUAUUUCUUUCACUGUCAAACCACAUACUUUGGAAGAAUAUUCCAUCCACUGCCUUAGCGCAUGGCCAUCUUUCUUAAGAGGUGCACAAUUUUUACUUUUCGUAUGAGCUACCUUGCAGUUUUGUUUGAAAGCUGGCACUGUUAACUAAACAGAAGCUUUCGUGAAACCAAAUGCUGACAUAGGUGAAUAUACUACCUUACUACAUAAUGAUUGGAAGUCAGUUUGAUCUGGAAAUCUUUCCCUUUGCAAAUGAAAUAGCGGUGCAGAGCUUAACUCCAUUCGAUGUUAGUAGAUAUUGCCUUGUGUAUUCCAUUCUCAAUUGUAAUCUAGUUUGUAAAAUAAAUUGUGACGCAUGUAAAUAAAGCAUAAUGCAUCUCUUUGCUGAAUGUA